AUGGCCCCUAUACAGUCCAACGGCACCUGCAGCCCCUUAACGUUUGGCAAAAGAUAUGCCAUCCUGAAUCUCGAUUUUAUGACUAUUCUAUUCGAUAUUGCCAAAACUACGCCGGAAGGACAACAAUUCGUGUCAAACUGCACUCGUUGGGUCGACGCCUUGCAUAAGCGAGAUUCUCGACCUUUGAACAUCUUCACAACUCUGUACUUCACUAGCCCUUCUCAGGCCGAGCUUCCCAAUGAAGCACCGUUUACUAAAUUGGUGAAUGGUUUUGCCACAUUCAACGAGCACAGUCCCAUCGUAAAGGUACCUUCGUACCUCAAUAUUGACGAUAAGGACAUUGUGCUCCAAAAGAUACGAUGGUAUGGAGGUGCGGGAAAUGCCUUGGAAGAGAUUCUCCAGAAAAACAACAUCGACACCGUUGUCAUCUCUGGACUUAGUCUCUCCGGUGUCGUCAUGAGUACAAUCUAUCGGCUAUUUGAUCUGGAUUACAACAUCUAUGUGAUUUCGGACAACGUGCUGGAGCUUCCGGUUCAGCAUCAUGAACAGUUUUCUGCCGUGUUACUAGAAUCUUUGAUGCCAAAAAUGAAUCUCCGGGUCAUUACGCUUGAAGAAGCCCUGCAAGCCUUAGAACACUCCUAAAACAGGCCGUAAACCGACAUGUAUGUAGCAAAGGGUUAUUAUCUUAAUGAAAUUAAUUCU